AUGCUUAAUUGCUUUGGCAGGCGUAGGGUGAGCCUUAAAGACAACAUCCUUACGACAGGGGCUGUUGGCCCUUCAGAUUUCUUCGUUGAGAGCGGCGAGGGGGCUACAGGGGCUCAACCAAAUGGCAGGCCACUGUCUACACUUGGAAAUUUGAUACGAUUUAGAUCAGAACAAUGGAAAAAACUGCGUCCGUUCAGGCAGAGCACAUGUCCAGCAGCGGACCCUACAGAGGAAGAUGUACUACCUUCGCAGUUGAAGGGAGCAGAUACCAUUAUACUCGCUGGGGUCGGUGGGCAGUCAAUUGGGUUGCCUGCUGGAUUGGUAAACCCGAAUCAAAGGUCUUUUGGGGGCGAAGGGAUGGAAGUAACAUCUCAAGCUUCGACAAAUCCUAACGACGAUAGCAUUUUGUCCCGAAAUCCCAGUACGAUUUUGGACGAGUCGACAAUGGCACCGUCCACAAAGGGGGUUGCAGCUAACAACUUCCCUGACGAGUAUAACUCUGAUCAAAUUAGCCUUAGCGUAGGCUCGUCCAGAGACGGAGAGAUUUACACGCCGGCGACGUCAGAUCCCGCCAGCCCCGAGUUUUGCACAUCGGCUAUCAGUAUCAAGGACCACUUGGGCAGAUUUCGAGCAGAAAAAGUGCUUUACGACACUGGCUCACCGGACAACAUCGUCACGAAGGACUUCCUUCGACGAUAUGCCUUCCCCGAACGCCCCAUAUUCAAGCAACAUCUGACGGUGUAUGUUACGCCAGGUAGUGGCCCAUAUGCCCCGACGCAUUACGUAGAGAUAGAGGUCAAGGACGACCGGAAUGGAAUGGCACAAUUUGAGACCGUUCGAUUUUGCGUAGCGGAGUCGAUGGGAGAGUGGGAGCUCCUUCUAGGGCGACCGUUCAUGAAUGCUCAUGGCUUCACGAUGACUGGCUCUAAUAGCCCCCAUAAUGCUGUGCUCGUCUUGGUCAAGAAGAAGCCUAGUGAUAAAAACGAAGAAGAAAGGGAUCGAUUCUUGCAAACCGUCGAGAAAAGCAAGAAGAGAUCAGAAACCAUCAAAGCAUCCAGCUCAACAACUGGGACUGGAGGCUCGUCUUCGCAGCAGAAAGCUUCGAGCUCGUCGCGGAGUAGCGCACCAUCAAGGUUAUCGAAGAAGAACUAA